AUGCUUUGCUGUCUCAAUGGUCAUGUAUCUCACAUAUUCACUGCUACGGCAUCGGGGACGCCGAUAUACUUGACGAUAUCGAGGAAGAGCUUAUCAAGCUGCAGAAGAAAGACAAGUUUUCCCAUUACGUGGAUUGUGAACUGCUUCCUGGUGAACGGCUCUUUCAAAUUGUUGGUUGACGAAAUUUUGAGAGGGCUAAACUUGGAACAUGACGGCAAGGUGAACACUAUCAACGCGCUGGCAGUUUUCCUGGGCAAGCAUCUCUUUUCCACGAAUAAGCGAAUAAAACUUACCAUUGUCCUUGAUCAAGCUCAUUGCCUCUCAUCAUUUCCAGUGUCAGUAGUGAAAAGCCUUCUAUCGCUGCCGAAAUCGAUGGAUAUCAUUUGCCCAGAUCUCGAUGAUCCAUUGAUCCGUUUUAUCACUCAUAGCGAAUUACCAUGGGAUCGUAUAGGAAUGUUGAACUUGGUUCCGCAACCUGUUUCGAUAAGCUUCGAGUGCCGUUCUGAAGAGGAAUGUAUCGAUGCAAUCGCUGAAGCUCUGAAUGGUGAAUACAGCAGGAAAAUCGUUGAAUACGUGGUAAAAGCGGUGUUCUUUGAGUGCCGUGAUGCUCAAAGAAUCUUACAAAUAGUUCGCCUUGCUUGUGAAAAAUAUUCAGAGAAAUAUGGUGAAAUAAACGAGAUUAAAAACUUGAAGUUGUUGCCCGUCUUGGAAGCUCUUGAUGAAACCGAUUGUUACUGGCAAGACGAGAACGAUCGUGAAGGGUUCAUGGAUCUUCCCUUGUGUACCAAAUAUCUUCUUGUGGCAUCCUUCUGCGCCAGCCACAACCAAUCAUCAACGGAUAAACGAUAUUUCGCUAAGGUGAGCGCAUUGAUAAUGAUUACAUUUUUCUGA